AUGGCUACCUCUUCAUCCACCAUAUUCUGUGACCUUCAUGACUUCUUGAAAUAUGACUUCGACUACAUUAUUGUCGGCGGAGGGACUGCUGGACUCGUGGUGGCAGCUCGACUGACUGAAGAUCCCACAAUAACCGUGGGCGUUCUCGAAGCGGGCGAAGCGAGGUUGGACGAUCCGAAGAUCCUCACACCAUUGUUGUUCCCAUCGCUUCCGGGAAAUCAGGACUACGACUGGAUGAUGAAGACAGUUUCACAGGCUGGGACUAACAACAAAAUUCAUGCGGUCCCCCGGGGCAAAGUAUUGGGCGGGUCAAGUGCGAUUAAUUUCAUGCUUUAUGUCCGGGGCCAAAGCAGGGAAUAUGAUGACUGGGCCAGGUUUGGUGUCGACGGGUGGCGUUGGAACGAUUUAAAACCGUUUUUCGACAAGCAUGAAGGCCUCGUUUUGCCAGGGGAAGGGGACAAGGUGAAGCCUACGCCAAGAUUCGACGUGGGACUUCAUGGUAGCAAGGGUCCCAUCAGGACAUCCUUCGCGGAUUGGCAGCCAGCCAUUGAAGUAAGCUGGCACGAGGCGCUUUCCAUAGCUUUCUUGGGCGUGGACUGGGAUUCACCUUCAGACUUCUGGAAUGGCAAGCAUCUGGGAGAUCACUCUAAUCUGAGUACGAUUGAUAGGACGAAGGGCUCAGGCACAAGAAGUUAUGCUGUCACGGGGUACCUGAGUCCGAUCAUGAAACGAGGAAACUUGAAAAUCCUUACUGGAGUAUGCGCGGAAACGAUAACGCUAGAGACGGGCGCUGCCUGCGGACCGACCGCGACGGGCGUCACGUUCAUGGCAGAAAACGGCAGAAUACAUGUGAAAGCACACCGGGAAGUCUUGAUAUGUGCUGGCGCCAUCAAGACGCCACAGAUUCUCGAGCUCUCCGGCAUUGGAAAUCGAGCAAUACUCGAGAAUGCUGGCGUACGCUGUGUUGUCGAAAGUAACGAUGUGGGAGAGAAUCUUCAGGAUCAUCUCAUGACCUGCAUGGUCUAUGAAACGAAGGAUGAGGUGCCAUCGCUCGAUGUGCUGACCGACGACCAGCAUCUGAAAGAAGCAAUUGACCAGUACCAAACGGCAAAGCCUGGACCACUGGGAAACAGUGUUGACGCCAUCUGCUUCCUUCCUGUGGCCAAAGUCGCAACGAAAGAAGAGAUAGAGCUGCUGAAAAGUGCAAAUAUGAGAGGUGAAGCCAGAGUCAAGGGCCCAUCGUCUGAAGUACGCAGGGUCUUGUCAGAAAGGCUCGAAGAUCAAGAUGCUGCUGGCUUGCAGCUUUCAUUUCUUGGAGUCUCCCUCGACCCCAGCCGCAUGGACGAUCAAACAAAAUUUCUAGCUCCAGCAUCUUCAGGUCAAAGCCGGGUGACUGUCGGUGUUGCGCUAUGUCAUCCUUUCUCUCGGGGAUCUGUUCACAUUGACACUAGUGACCCAUCACAACCACCACGUAUCGAUCCAGCGUAUCUGCAAGAUCCAGUGGACCUGGAAGUGACUUCAAUUGGUCUUCGUGCAGCAGAUGAGGUGUUCAGAACAAGUCCGUUGGCUGAACAAAUCAAAGGUCGUGUUUUUCCUUCCCAGAAUAUCGAUCUGGGCGAUGCAGAGAAUCGUGCGAGCUAUAUCAGAGAGCACGCUGGAACUCAAUAUCACCCUAUUGGCACAGCUGCACUUGGAUCAGUGGUCAGUGACUCGCUCAGAGUCAUCGGCGUGGACCGUCUCAGGGUCAUUGACGCCAGCAUACUGCCGCUCCAUAUCUCGGGAAACAUACAGGCGACGGUCUACGCCAUUGCGGAGAAGGCUGCAGAUAUCAUCAAGGAGAGUAUCUGA